AUGGUGGGAAGGUUGGAACCUUCAAAUGCAGAGCUUGCAGGAGCCAUGGAAGGAUCUGAAGAGGGUGGAGGGGAGGCCAAGUACUCAAAGAAAAUUGAAGACUUGAUGGAAAUGGUGAAAAAGGUACAGAAAGGAAGCAUGGUACCUCGGGUUGAGGACCUGAUUAACCGUACUAAUGAAGUUUAAGAAGCCAAAAAGAAAGCCAGUGAGGACCUGGGAGAGGCCCAGACACUCUGGGAGGCUCUGCAGAAGGAACCGGAUUCCACGAAUAGAGAGAAGGUGUGCCUGAAGGAGAUCUUGAACAAAACGAAAGAGGCACUGAGCAUCCUGCAUCUGCACUACCAGGAGAAAGACAGUGAAGCACAGAGGAAGCACACCAUGUUGCAGGAGUGCAAGGACCAAAUUUCUGCCUGGAACUCCCAAAUUGAGGAAGAGAAGAACAAACAGAGGCAGCUGAGGCUGGAUUUUGAGCAACAGCUGGAGGAUCUGAUAGGCCAGCACAAAGACUUCUGGGAGUUCCAUAGGCCAGAGCGGCUGGCACUGGAGAUAGGGACCCUGGACAGCAGUAAGGAGCAGCUGCUCAAGGAAGAAAAGCUGAUCCAGGCAAAGAUGGAGGAUGUGAACCAUUGGCUGCAUUCCCUGUGUGGGGCUGAGGGUCCUUUGACCAUCAGUGAGGGUCUCUUCCUGUGUGAGGAGGAAAAAAGCAAGGCUGAGGAGAUCCUGAAGGCUGCAGCCCAGAAGCAGCAACAGCUGCAGAAAUGCCAGCAGCGGCACGAGAAGUGCCAGAGGCUGAAGGGACUAGAAAAGCGUGAAGUAUGGGUUGCUGCCUAA